AGUGAUGGGUAGUGAGAAGUGAAAGUGAGAAGUGAGAAGUGAAGGAGGAAAUGAAAAGCACAGGAAGGCUUCCCCUUCUGAGUCUGAAGAAGUCUCCGGAGAAAGAGAGGUCAGGCAGCCUCACUCCUCCGCUGGAGACGUCAGCUUCGGUCCCAUUUCGGUGGGAGCAAGUGCCCGGGAAGCCUAUUCCUUGCACGGCACUUAUCCCCUUCUCUGAUCCCAAAGACUUUCUCCCAAAGUGCCUCCACCUCCCUACCCCUCCGGCAAGGCUCAUCAUACCUUCUCCCAAUGCGAUCAAUCUCAAGAGAAACAGGAACAGAGGGCGGUGGUUUGGUUCUUUGAAGAAGAAGCCCUUCAUCAGGGACAGUAACUUGAAGCGUGCUGCCAGCUUCUCCGCCACUUCCCACCCUUAUGGCUAUAAGCCUCGUGUCUGGACAACAAUCUAUGAGGGUUUGAAGCAGGUGGUUCCAUGGAAAAACAAGAAACUCAAGGAUGCUGGGAGCACCCAUACCCUCUAAUCAUGGGUACCACAUUUGCUUUAUUGGAAGAGGACGACAGUAAUUGCACUCAGGCUGUUUCUUUUGGGUGUCCACGCCACUCAUACUGCGGAACCUGUCUCCUUUGCCUCAUCUCAUCAAUUGUACAUGAUUUUCUACCUAGAUUAGAAUAGAAGGGUAACUAUCUUACUGUAAUCUGGCAAUGUUAUGGAUAUGUACUCAAUACUCAAUAAUGCUAAUUUAUAUGAUUAAUCUAUUAUUUAAGUUAA